GCAGUACUGCCUACAUCAAAAAACUUUAUUCACACACAAUCGUCAGUUCAUAUCUGUCAAUAUUAUACACGUAGUGUUGUAUCUGUUGAUAUUUGUCAUUGUUUAAGGUUAGCUGUCUAAAAAAAUUACAGAAUCCAAUAUCUUUCGAUAAAAACUGCAAGAAAAUGACAUCCUGCUUCGAGAACAUGCAAGUGCCGUCUUGUGUUUGGUUCGAAGGCGGCGAGAAGAGAAAUGCACUUGUUUCUAUGCUUGCAGGCACAUUGUUUUUUGUAGGAUGGUGGUUUAUAAUCGAUGCACAUGCAAAAUAUCCAGAUGAAAUGUCAAAUGCUUAUCAUGUAUGUGGAGUGUUUGGUACUAUAUCACUUUUUAUGGUUAAUUCAGUGACAAAUGCACAAAUAAGAGGAGAAGCAUACAAUGGUGGCUGUUUAGGAGCAAGAGGCGCUAGGAGUUGGCUAUUUAUUGGAUUUGUUAUGGGAUUUGCAGCGGUAAUAGCAGCCUGUUGGAUUUUAUUUGCCAAUUUUGUGGCUGCAGGUGCACCACAUCAUUGGCCAGGUGUUGGAUUGUUUUUGCAAAAUGUAUUUAUUUUCUUGGGCUCUCUCACAUAUAAAUUUGGUCGAUCAGAAGAUCAAUGGGGUUAAUAUAGAUGGGAUGCCAUUGUUUGGAAAUAUUUUUACUACUACAUGGUCAAAUUAAGCACCAUGCAAAGCUUGACUGAAGAAACUCAUGAAAUUGAUAUAUCGUGUAUUGCUUCAAAUAUGAAAUUUAAUUCAUUUAACACUAAAUUCUUAUUAUAAACAUUU